AUCGACUAGGAGUAAGAUGUCAGUGAGUGUCAGGAGUAAAUGAAGCAACCAUCUGCACGGUUGCUUCAAAGGUUAUGUGAGAGCUUGCAGCUUCUCAUCAGACAUUCUUCAACAUGCAAAUGGAACGUGUUGGGACUGGGCUGUGCAAAAGAUGGGUAGAAUUGGCAAGCGGAUACCAGGGAAAGCUGAAGAGUGGCAUCAUGGAACCCCGGUGGAUUACAACAACCAUCUUGCAGCACUGUGACCAGGCCUUGCGCGUGAGUAUGCCUUCAACAUAGGAAUGCCGAGUACUAGAAGGAAUAUCACGUAAAACUUGCAACAGCCUGCAUGAACUUUCGAACAGAAUUACUACCGGCUUGGGAAAUGAUCAUCUUGGUCGAUCUUGGUGGAAAACAUCCACAAAUGGUAAGUACGGAACGAGCCGAUCAAGUUCUGCGCGCGACAUGUCACCGUAUACGCAGUUCUCUUGCCGCGUUUUCGUGGGCUAUACCCAUGUGUACAGGAUCUCACUAGAUUAUGAGCGGUUGGUUGUUGAACAUACCCAUCCAGGCUACUUGCAGCCCAGAGGAUGCCCAAAUGUACGCGCAAUGGACCAAGGAGGGCGAUUGGGAUCUUCUUCCCUCAGAACGUGCUUGGUCCGAUCGUCAAUCUCUCCUUGAAGAGCGCGGGUAUAUCCUUCGACAACGCUACAGGACAGGCUGGAGACCCUCUUGGCUAGGUCAUAACCGAGACCCUUUCUCAUGUGAAGAUUCCAUUAUAUCUCGGCAUGAUCAUGUGAUCGAUGCUACUCGCCGGAAAGACAAUCUUUUAGUGUCUAUCAAGGUAGUUAAAGACGCUAGCAACGAAGUAAAAAUUGCUCGUUUGGUGUCAUCUCCUCAGGUCGUACGAAAUCCUGCCAAUCACUGCGUCUCAGUCCUCGACAUUCUACCUGAUCCCGUAUUCCCCGACAAGGCCCUCAUGGUAAUGCCAUACUUGAGGCCGUUCAACGACCCACCUUUUAAUGCGAUCGGGGAAGCUGUGGAAUUUGUGAAGCAAACUCUUGAGGUUAAACAACAAUACCAAUGUCGAAAUAGGGACUGUGCAGCUGCAAACAUCAUGAUGGAUGGCAGACCUCUAUAUCCUCAGGGCCACCAUCCAGUAGAAAUCAAUCGUACCCCGGACUUCCUUCAUGAGGCGCCGCAUCUCUCGCGACUAGACCAUCCCGUUAAAUAUUACUUCAUCGACUUCGGUAUAUCUUCCGUUUUUGGCGAAAGAGAUCCACCCUACGUUUUGGGCACUAAGGGGAGAGACAAAGAUCCUCCAGAGUUAUCUGAUCAUACGCCAUAUAACCCCUUUAUGCUGGAUAUCUACAUUCUAGGGCAUGUCUACCAGGAAGAAUUCAUCGACAAAUAUUCUGGGCUGGAGUUUUUGGAACCGCUGGUAACAGCAAUGAUGCACAUACAACCUGAACGGAGACCAACAGCCGAAGACGCUAUACUUAUGUUGCAUAAUAUUAUUUCUAGCGUGGAUACCACCCUUUUACGCUGGAGGUUACGGUCGCGUUCAGAAUCGGCCCCCGAACGUGUGGUGUAUGACACAGUAGCAGUUGCUAGAGAGGGGAUGUACCAUCUCAGACGUUUGGUUCGCUGACUGGCGAAUUAAUUCCAGAGCGGUAUUUUGAACUUUUCUUGUAUCCCAUCCAUUUUUUUCUCAUUGCUUUCGUGGUGACAGUUCAGUUAUCCCUGUAGUCCCGCCGGCGGUACCUAGGAAAUCGUACACAGAUGGCAUGGAAGGCAGCUGGGAGUAAUGGCCUGGAGGUUGCUUGACAUCCAUAACAGAGAAGCGAUAUACCAUCGGAUAGAAGACAUGCAAACGAGACGUGUUUUGGCUGUGCCCUAUCGCAUCACCGUUUACAUAGGUUGUAUAUCAUAGGGAGUCGUGCUCAGUGGAUGUGUUCCUGUAUGUAGUGCUUGUGAGCUGGAUUUCUGGUAGCUCGUAUCCUAUGCAGGAUGUUCCAUUGAAAAAAAAUGCCACGCCUAAACGGCGAUGUAUUGGCAGAGCCCUAGGUUGACCAUCGGUCA